AUGUCAUCAACGACAACUAGGGACAUCAAAGCCCUCUGGGAUUUGAUCAAUGCUGGAUCGUACAAACAGGCACUUGUAAAGGUUGGAAAAGAGCUUAAAAAGUCACCAAACCAUCCCUACUGGCUCGCUCUAAAUGCUUACAUUAGUGGAAGACAGAACAAACAAGAAGAAUCCUUGGAAUUGGCAAAUAGGGUUGCUGCCUUGGGGCCAACAAAUCUCACCAUUGUGUCAUUGCUGCAGGAGAUAUACCAAAAAUAUGGAAAAGAUGUCGAACUCUGCUCACUUUUCGAGACCGCUGUGCGUAAAUCGGGAUCAGCUGUGGAGCCUGAACUUCUGGACCUAUGGCUUGAUUCAAUGAUUGACCGCGGCUAUAUGAAGGGCUUUGUACAAUGUUCAAUGGCCAGUCAGAAAGUAACUCAGAGUAGAGGGAGUACAUUACAAGCUGCCCUGGCUAUGUACCUUAGCUGCCAUGGUAUUGCAGGUAGAUCACCGUCAGCUACAGAUUCCGAAAGAAAAAUCUUUCCCAUGUUAGCAUCGAGGAUGUUGGACAAGAUUGAGCCCUUGGUCAAUGCUCAAGAGGGCUAUGUUCGUGCCCUAGUUCUUGGUAUGGCAAAAACUGAGGCUUCAGUUGAUGCGCAAAUAGAGUACCUUCAAUCGGAUGUUGUAAAAAAGUGGGAGUCUCUAGAUCUUGUUUUGUUAUUAUUAGAAUCAUUAGAAAAAGCGCAGAAAUGGGAUUCGCUCUUCCAAGAAUGUGUUGGCUUACUGACCUUCGAGGAAGGUAAGCACUCGCUGGAUAAUUGGUUGUAUUGGAAGGGACUGGUGACUGCCGCGGUGAACUUAGGCGGGGAUUAUAUUGAGCAAGCUGAAGCAUUUAUAAAUGGAUUUUCCCCGGAAUCACGAAAUUCUAGAUUAGCGCUGGUAGAUCUAUACGGGAAGGUUAAGGAGAGCAAGUUUAUGAGUGCAGUGAAGAGCUACUUUACAGCUCUUGGGAACAAACGCUGUGCAUAUGAAGACUUGAAACCAUAUGUUGAAUUUUCCAAUUUUAACAAGAGUGAAUUUUUACUCUUCUUGGCCAAUGGUGAUGAUUCUGACAAGUCACUGGAUUGGAGAUUGAAUGCUACAAAAUUUCAAAAUCUUCUGGGAGACCCACCAUCUGCGGAUGAUCUGAUUAAGGCAUAUAACGAUUUUAAACCUCUUCUAAAAGGUAAAGAUCCCAAAGACUAUUUUUCGGGUGAUGAUUUUCUUCUUAUUGCAGUAGGAAGGCUAGUAUCUUCAGAAGAGCCUUUGGCCCUUUUAAAAUCGAUCAUAUUAUUAGAAUCGGCUGUUCUAAACGAUAAGCACCAGUUCUAUAUGCGGCUCUGGCUUGUACAACUCUACCUUCAAGUAGGAUCUUUUGCCAAUGCUCAAAGGCAUUAUGAUUCACUUUCAAUCAAAAUGAUUCAAAACGAAAAUAUCUCGCAUUCUCUAUUAAGUCGCUGUUCAUCUAUCCACCCCAGUAAGGAUGUUAUUAUGCGGACCAAUGACAUUUACAACCAAUUAACGGAGAUCACCCCUUACACCAAGUAUGCCCUGACCAAAUCUGCGUACACUCAAAUUGAAGGAUUUAUAGAUCUGAAUUCAAAAUUGCAGAAGAGUCUUAGCCGUCGUCUGGUAUGGAUUGAAGAGGCUAAAAUCCAACGGUUACUGGAUCCAGCUGGUAAUGCCAAUUUGUCGAAGUUUGAUGAAGACUUUGAUUCUAACCCAGAAACAUACUCUGAUAACAGAGAUUUCAAAACCCUGGCCAAUGUGGACUUCCAACCACUUGGCGACCAGCCAUUUUCUGAAUUACUAACUGUCGGUCCUCGACAGGGUGUAACUUGGGCGAAAGCAUUUGUUCUCAGGGAAAACAUUAUUCGGCGUUUAAUUACCCCCAAGCCACAGUUGCUUGAACCCCUUGGAUCUCAACUUGUUGGGCUAUAUAAAGACAAUACCGAAUUCACACCAGCCGAGGUAUGGUCGCUAGACGUCAUUGGUCUUCUUAUUUCUUGCAGUCUUGCAAAGAGUUCGGAAACUUCAUACUUGCAGAUUUCCACUAAGCUUAGUGAGCUGCCUAAGGUGCCGAGUCUUUCGUGGUCAUAUUUCCAUCAUUCAUUCACAAUUCUUGAGACUUUAAAGGUAGUUACUGGAUUUUUAACUCGUUUGCGUGGAGCUCGACACCAAUUUAAAGUCAACCUUGAUGCACUAGACAAACUGCUAAGUUCAGUCAAAAUAUUAUCUGAAGAAGUACGUAAGUCUGCACUCGAGUCAAAGAACUCUCGUAACAAGCGCUAUCAGGAUACCCUCGAAAUAUUAGCACCUUGGGCAGAGGAUCGUGGUAUUUCAAAUUCAAUUGUGGAGAAUAUACUUGAUGGUAUUGGCAUCAGUCAAGAUAAGACUUUGACUCUUCUACGAAGUAUUUCGGUCUAG